AUGGCAGUCAGGGUAGGCAGACUUACAUGGCAACUCGCGCUCAGGUUUCCUGAAGAGUGUCCUGAGAGCCUCAGGCAGAAGCCGCAGAGCCUUCUAAAUCACUUCUACCACGUUCUCAGGGUCAAGCUUGUUACUAAGCCUAGCACAGAUUCACAGAGAGUCACAGAGAAAGGAAGUGAGAAGAAAGAGAAGGAAUGGCCAGAAAUUUCUCCUCCAUCUGAUUUUGAGUACACCAUUCAUGUUGCCUUUGAUGCUGUUACUGGAGAACUCACUGGCAUGCCAGAACAGUGGGCUCGUUUAUUACAGAUUUCCGAUAUCACCGAACCAGAGCAACAGAAGAAUCCUCAGGCUGUGUUGGAGUUCUAUGACUCCAACACUGUGAAGCAGGAGUAUCUGAGCUUUACUCCUCCAGAGAAAGAUGGCUUUCCGUCUGGAACAUCAGCACUGAAUACCAAGGGAUCAGAAACAUCAGCAACAGAGGAAGAUGAUGAUGAUGAAGAGUCUACUCCUCCUGUUAUUGCCCCAAGACCAGAUCAUACAAAAUCAACUUAUACACAGUCUGUAAUUGACCCUAAUCCUGCACCAGCUGGUGAUUCUAAUAUUGAUGGUGGUACCAAGUCUUCUGACAAACAGAAAAAGAAGACCGAAAUGACAGAUGGAGAGAUCAUGGAGAAAUUAAGAGCUAUUGUGAGCACAGGUGAUCCUAAGAAAAAAUACACAAGAUAUGAAAAAACAGGGCAAGGGGCUUUUGGUCCAGUUUUCACUGCUACCGAUGUGGCAUUGGGACAGGAGGUUGCUAUCAAGCAGAUUAAUUUACGGAAGCAGCCAAAGAAGGAAUUGAUCAUUAAUGAGAUUCUGGUGAUGAAAGAAUUAAAGAAUCCCAACAUAGUUAACUUCUUGGACAGUUACCUGGUGGGAGAUGAAUUGUUUGUAGUAAUGGAGUACCUUGCUGGGGGAUCACUUACUGAGGUUGUAACAGAAACCUGCAUGGAUGAAGCAGAGAUUGCGGCUGUAUGCAGGGCAGGUUUACAGGCACUGGAGUUUUUACAUGCAAAUCAAGUGAUCCAUGGAAACAUCAAAAGUGACAAUGUACUUUUGGGGAUGGAAGGAUCAGUUAAACGUACUGUCACCUCUGAGCAGAGCAAGCGAAGCACCAUGGUUGGCACGCCCUACUGGAUGGCACCAGAGGUGGUUACCCAGAAAGCUUAUGGCCCUAACGUGGACAGAUGGUCUUUAGGUAUCAUGGCUAUUGAGAUGGUAGAAGGAGAGCCUCCAUACCUCACCAAAGAAUUGUUACAGCGUCCUUUCCUGAAACUGGCCAAACCAUUAUCUAGCUUGACACCACUGAUCAUGGCAGCUAAAGAAGCAAUAAGAGUAAUCGUUAACACUACUGCCAUGGCCUCGCGUUCUUUUUCCAUUUUCUAA